AUGAACAAUAUUACAAUUCGUAAACCAUUAUUUGAAGUUCCCAAUGAAAAUAAGAGUAAUGUCCUGAAAUAUGAAAAAGACAAUGAUUUUAAUAAUAAAAAAAAUGAUCCAUCAAAUUUAAAAAGCUAUAUAAGUUCAACUUUACCAUACAAAAGAAUUGAAAACAAUUAUCAUAACUAUAAUAAUACUACAUAUGAUGAAAAUAAUAAGAAUGAUGAGGAUGAUAUACCUUUAGAUUUAAAUGAUAAAGAAAAUAUGAACUUUUUUGUUAAUAAAAAAAAUAUACAUAACUCGAAUUUAAACUAUAAUCAUGAUAAUAUCUUACAAUCUUAUAGAAAUGGAGAAAUAAAUACAAACUAUAAUAUUAUGGAUAAUAUGUAUGAUGUAUAUUAUAUUAAUAAAAGUAAAGCUAACCUUAACGACUAUCUUAAACAUGUUAAUAUUAAUCAUACCGCACCAUGUAUUGGGGAAUUUAGAACAUGCAUGAACUGCUUUUUAAAUAUUUCCACACUAUUCUGUAAAACCUGUAAUAUAUUCUUAUGUGCAAUUUGUAAUGUAAAACUACAUAAUAAUAAAUCCAAUCAUAUUAUAAAUGUAGCCAGUAGCGGGUUAUACGAAAAUAAUGUUAAAUUUAAUGAUAUUAUUUUAAAAGAAAAAGAUAAAUGGCUUGUUGAAUUAGAUAAUAGCAUACCAAUAAAAAUUCGAGAAAAAUGUUCUGUUCAUACUAAGGAAUAUAUAAAAUAUGUAUGUAAAACUUGUAAAUAUACACUCCUGUGUGCAGACUGUUUGUUAAAUGAUCCUGUACAUGUUCAGAAUAAAAUGGAAAGUGACAUGAACGUAAUGGAAAAUGACAUGAACGUAAUGGAAAAUGACAUGAACGUAAUGGAAAAUGACAUUAACAUAAGAAAAAAUGACAUGAACAUAAUAAAAAAUGACAUGAACAUAAUAAAAAAUGACAUGAACAUAAUAAAAAAUGACAUGAACAUAAGAAAAAAUGACAUGAACAUAAGAAAAAAUGACAUGAACAUAAUAAAAAAUGUACCUGAACAAAAGAGAAAAAACGAACACUUUCUUCCUGAACACGUUGAGGAAAAUAAUGAUAAUGACCAUGUGAGUAGUUUAUUAAAUAGCAUUAAAGACGAUGAAAAAAUAAAUGAUGAAAAAAUAAAUGAUGAUAAUAUAAAGAAUGAGAAAAAUCUAAAAGAUAGUAAUAAAAAUAAAAGAGAAAAUCAAUAUAUAGUAAGUAUCUAUAAAAAAGAAGAGACAAAUGAUUCAAAUAAUAAAGAUGUCAUUAAAGAUGUCAUUUAUAAUAACGAUAUUGAUAAAUUAAAACCUGGGUUUAAAUUGAUUAGAGGGGAUCAUGAAAUUUUAACAUUGAUUGAUGCAAGAAAUGACAUAAAAGAAGAAUUAAAUAACAAAUUAGAAAUAUUGUGUAAAAAAUCUUUAAUUUUAAAAAAUACAUUGCCUUCUUUGAGAAAUAUUUGUAAAUAUGGAAAACUUACCUGCAAAAAUAAUAAAAGAUCCAUACGAUCUGGAUUUACUGUAACAAAUAAUAUAUUGAAUGAUAAAAAAGUUAAGAUUCAUAAUGAUUUAAAAAAAUUACAAGACAAGAGUACGAACUUUUUGAAAAAGUUAGAUCAAGAAAGAAUAAAUUAUCGAAAUUAUUUAGAAAAGAAAAAAAGUGAAUUACAACAUAUGAUAAAAUUGAGUAAUAAGAAUGCAGGUUUGGCAUUAGAUUAUUAUGUACAAAAAUUAGAAUCAUUUAAAUGUUUGUUUUUUACAAAAGAUAAUUUGAUAGAUAUAGAAAAAAAAUUGGAAGUACCUCAUUCUCAAAUAAAAUCAGAAUUCUUGUCAUUUCUAAUAGAAGAGAUGAAAUAUGAUAUAUUAAAUUCAAAAAUGAAUAUACAAAAUAGAUGUCAGAGUAUAACAAAAGAAUUUGAACAAUUAUUUAAUUGUAAUAUAGAAAUUCCUGUAUAUCCAGUACAUUUUAGAGAUUUUUUAAAGAAGAGAACAUUUAAUAAUAAACAAGAAGGUUUAUUAAUAAGUAAUGAUAAAAAAAAAAAACAACAAUAUUUUCAUAUAUUACCUUUUACAGAUUUUUAUAUGAAUAUCGAAAUAUCUUGUCAAAUCAAAUGUAAGAGAAAAGAUUCAUUACAUUCAAAAUGGGAAAAAAGAACUGUGUCGGUUCGUUCCAUAUAUUUAUGUAUUCAUACACAUUCAAGAUAUAUAAAACAAUCUAAUAAAUAUCAAAAUGAUGAAUUUAAUGAAAAUGUUUCACAUAAAAAUGAUCCCGUGGAAAGCAUCGUAUAUGAGAUGGAACAGAACGAAAUAAAUGAACAAGAAAAGAGAGAUAGACAAAUGUUAGGAGUAGAUGGAAUGGAAAAUAGGAAUAAAAUUGAGAAUUACGAACAUAUAGAUAAUGCAAGUUGUGAAAUUUCAAAUAAAGAGAAUUGCUUAAUUCAAAAAAAUAUGUCAAACAAUUUAAGUAACGAUAUUGAAUCUAUUAUAUGUCUUAGUAAUGUUGAAAUAAAAAUGUUCAAUGACCCUAAUAUAACAAAUAUAACUAUAUUAGAAAAAAGAAAUUAUUCCUAUGGAAUAGAGCUAACUGAAUAUAAUGAUAAAAAAGAUUUAGUUGGUUACUGGCUCUUAAGUCAAAACAAUGAAAAAGAUAUGAAAGAAUUAUAUCAUAUAUUAUGUACUAUUAAAAAGAAGAAUCCUAAGGCAGCUCGUAUACCUUCAUUUUAUCCUAAGAUAAAUAUGAAUAAUUCUAUGUUUGAUUAUCAUGAGAAUAAUAUAAGUACGAUAUAUAAGAAUUUUUCGGCAAACCUUAUGGAACCGUCUUAUUUUAUUAAUACAUCUGAACAGGAUAUAAAUGAAAGAGAUGAAAAAUAUUUAGAAGCAAGUAUUAAUGAUUAUAUGAGUGAUGAUAAUAAAAAAAAAAAAAGAUAUGAUAGUAUCGAAUCCUUAACAGGUAGUGAUAAGAUAAAAAAUGAUCCAAUUUGUCAAGGUGGGCAUAGUUCUAGUUUAUUAUAUUAUUAUGACAACAAUAGUGAUGAUAAUAAUAAUAAUAAUAAUAAUAAUAUGUAUCGUAGUAGUUGUACUAGUAGUAAUAAUUAUUAUAUUUUAACAAAUGAUAAACGCCUUAAUAUGGAUAAUUUUAUAAACAACAAUUUAGAUAUAAAUAAUUUACAAAAUAAAGUUAUCGAAAAAAAUUUAGAGAACAUAAAGAAUGUUAAAUUAACCAAAAAAAGUAACUAUGAACAAUCAAAUAACAUGAAUUCCAAGGAUGAGUAUAACAUAUCUUCAGAUAAAAGUAAAAAAGAAGAUACCUUAAAUUUAAGCAAGAAAUCAUCAUAUGAAUAUAAUAAUAAAAUACUUCGAUCAAGAAGUAAUAAAUCUUUGAAUGGUACUUAUGAAAAUAAUUUAUGUACUGGAAAAAAAAAAAAUAAAGGAACUGUAUUAAAGGAUAUAGAACAUAUAAAUGAUAUACAGGACAAAUAUCCUGAAGAUCUAAAUAUAGAUUGUGUGAAAAAAUAUGUAAUAGAAAAUGAAGAAAGGCAUCUAUUGCCUUUAGAAAUGGAGUAUAAUUUUGUGUCUAGUGAAGAUAAAUUCGGUUUACAUAGGAUAAAAAAUGACAAUAAUACAAUAUAUAUGAAACAUCAAAAUGAUGAUAAUUUAUAUGAUGAUAAUAAAAAGGAACAUGUAUUAUUUUUUGAUACAAGUAAAAAUGUAUCGAUUCAAGGUAAUAAUAAUAUAAACAGUGUAAUGAAAACAAAUCAUUAUGAAGUCGAAAAGAAUAAUAAAGACGAAAGAAAUUAUGAUAAUUUUACAUGUAACAAAAAAAAAAUAUAUUACAACAUAAUAAAUAGUGACAAAGAAAUGUACCAUAAUAAUAUUAUAUAUACAGAAAAUAAAAAAGAAGGAACCGGAAAUAUUCAUCUUAAUGGUAAGUAUAACGAUAUAACCAACUUGGAACUUUUUAAAUUAGAUGAUGUUAAAGAAUUUCUGGACACAUUUAAGGAUUCAUAUAUAGAUUGUCAUAAUAAAAAAGGGAAUAUUUUAAAUAUGACGAAUAAGAAUAAAGAAGAUCAUGAAAUAAUUGAUGUUCCUGAUAAAAUAUUUAAUGAAACUAAUAUGAUUACUAUGGAUAACAACAAAAUGUAUGAUGACAAAAAUGUACAUAAGAAGAAAUGUACACAUAAUGAUGUCAUACAUCAUAAUAUGAAUAUUUUAAGUACUUCAAUAAAAAAUAAUGAGGAAAAUUUAUUUAUAGAUACCUAUCAAAAACAAAAUCGUAUUGGAGAUAUUAAUAUGAACAGGAUUAAUUUUCUUCAAGAAGAUGAUGAUAAAAAAAAAAAAUUAAUUUUAUUUGAAUAUACCAAAAAUGAUCAUAUGAUAAAUAAUAAUAAAAACAAUUUAGAGGGUAUAGAAGAAUUCUCCGAUUUUAUUGAAAAAAAAAAAAAAAAUAAAAUAAAAAAAAAAAUAAAAAAUAAAAAAAAAAAUGAAUCUUAUCAUAAAAUAGAUGAAUCAUUACUCAGUAAUGAAAAAAAUAAUAAAGUGUCCUUACUACUAAUAAAUAAUAACAAGGACUCUUCAUCACUAGAUAAUAAUAAUAAUAAUAAUAAUAAUAAUAAUAGCUUCUCAAAAGAUAAGAAUCGUAUAAAUAAUGAAAAAAAAAAAUUUGAAAUAAUAAAAAAGGAAGAUGAUGUAGAUCAUCUGAAAUGUUCCUUAGAAAAUAAUAGCAAUAAUAAUAAUAAUAAUAAGAAGAAGAAGGUUAUAAAAAAAGAAAUAAUAGAAGAUAAAGAAAAGAAUGAUAUUUACAAAAGAGACAAUAUAUACAUUAAAGAUGUAAGUGUAGUAUCUCCUCUUAUAAAUAAUCAUCCUAAUUUAAAUACCAUGAGAAAGGACAUAACCAUUGAACCUCUCAAAAUAAUGAAUGGAAAAAAUAAAUUAAUAAAGGAUUUAAAAAAAAUUCAAGAACAAGUUGAAAGAAAAAUAAGGAAAUAUAAAAUACAAAUGGACCAAGAAAAUAAGAAGCCACCACCUUCAAAAAAUAAAAUUAAUAUGAAAAGUAUAAAUUUGGAGAUUCACCAUGAUAAAAAUGUAGAUUCUCAAGGUAUUGUAGAUUAUGUAUUAAAUCAAAUAGGCAACAAAAAAAUGGGUCAAUAA